GCUCAUCAGAUCCAAUCUGCUGCCAGUACGCUAGGCUCCUCUGUUUAUCAGUACCAGUGCGCUAGGCGCAAAGCACUGCAAUCAAAGCAGCACAGUCCACGCCAAGAAAACUGCACUCACUCCCACACUCUUCUCCUCAGCUCGCGGGAAAAGCCAAAUCCAAGAAACGUCAUCUCCCUCGUUCCGGACCGGAGGAGGGGGUGAGCUAGUGAACAAAGCCGAGCGAGAGUAAGACGAGACUGACGGGCAGCUUCCAAAUCCAGCUUGCAGAAACUGACCCGGACCAAGCGCCAGAGAGAAGAAGAAAUCAUGGCGGCAUCGCCCUUCCGGGUACCGCAACUGCCUUCCCGAAUCGCUUCGUGUCCGCUGACGACGACAUGGGGGCCGCGGAGCUGUGCGGGGUCUCUGUUGUCCUUCUCCCCUUGAUGCCGGCGAUAAUUUCUUGCCAAAUCCCCCGGCGUGUUGCCUCCUAACCCCGCAAUUUCCCUUUCCUGCGGCUGAUCAAUCUGGACUGGAGUUCCUCUCGGGGGACCCAUGCGGCGUUCCUUGCCCGGUUUGGUCGAGCAUUAAUAGCCUCUCUUCUCUUCCUGGCCUGGGGUGGGUGAUCCCUCUCGCCCCCUCUUCUUGUUCUCGCGCCGCGCCGCAACACUUGUUGUUAACCUGGGAAGCGUUUCCUAGUCACGGGGUUUGGGGCGGCGGCGGCGGCGGCGGCGCUGGGAUGGGUUGCUUCGCGUGCUUUGCGCCGGCGGUGCGCGCAGGGAUGAGCGGCGACCCGAAGCCUCCAAAGCUCGGCCACCACUGCCCAGAAGACUCUUCAGGCGCCGACGCGCGGAGGAAGGUGGCGCCGGAUGUGGGGAACGGCUGCGCGCACAGCUUCACCUUCAAGGAUCUGCUAGUGGCCACCAGCUACUUCAACGAGGCCAACUUCAUCGGCGAAGGCGGCUUCGGCAAGGUGUACAAGGGCAAGAUCUCCAAGGCCAACGCUCAGGGCGUUGUUGGCGAUGCGCGGAUGGUGGCGGUGAAGCAGCUCGCCCGGGAGAGCGUGCAGGGGAGCCACGAGUUCUUGGUGGAGGUGCUGAUGCUGACGGUGCUGAGCCACCCGAACCUCGUCAGCUUGUUCGGGUUCUGCGCGCAGGGGGACGAGAGGCUGCUGGUGUACGAGUACAUGCCCUUCGGCAGCCUGGAGAGCCAUCUCUUUGAUGUGCCUCUUUGCAAGCAACCACUCGACUGGAAUACACGUGUGAAGAUAGCUGUUGGAGUUGCAGAAGGGCUUUCAUAUCUGCACAAUGUGGCUGAUCCGCCUAUCAUUUACCGUGAUAUGAAAGCUGCCAACAUUCUGUUGGAUAAGGACUUCAGUCCAAAGCUCUCUGAUUUUGGACUCGCAAAAGUUGGACCUGUCGGUGACAGAACUCAUGUCUCUACCAGGGUUAUGGGUACCUAUGGAUACUGUGCCCCUGACUACGUGCUGAGUGGUAAGCUUACCAUGAAAUCGGACAUAUACAGUUUUGGUGUUCUUCUGUUGGAAUUGAUCACUGGGAGAAGGAUUUAUGAUGCUUCAAGGCCUAAGCCAGAGCAGAGUUUACUAUCAUGGGCAAGACCAUUUAUGCAUGACAAGAGGAAAUUCCACAGGCUCGUUGAUCCAGCUCUUCAAGGCGGCUAUCCACCAUCGGCGCUCAAUCAGCUGGUUGUCAUCAGCAUCAUGUGCCUCCAGGACCAGUCCCAUGUCCGCCCGAUCAUCGCCGAUGUUGUAAUAGGCCUGAAGCAUAUCGCGAACCAGCCUUAUGCCCCAGAACGCCUCCUGGAGUCUCUGUGUUCCCCAUCAAAGUGCGGCUCGCCACAAUAUGUCCACACGCCAUCCAGAAGGCGCGGCGGAAGACGGGUUGCGCAGUAUUCGUAGCCUAGAUCAGAUCGGUAGGUCGUUCAAUUUGAAACUGUCAAAUGUUAUAGGGUCAAAAGGCUUCGUUGUUCAAGACCUGGUCUUGAGUGACCUCUUGCUUUGCUUGACAGGGAGAGAGCUGUAUGAGUGGUAGUCGGAGCUGACAAUUGGCUGUUGUUUAUUUAUUUUUCAUGUUCUUCAUUGGUUGUACUAGUUCAUAAAUCCGGUGGCCAGUGUACAUAUGAUCUGUGGUGCCCUGCGAGCAUCAAUCCUGGCAAGAAAGAUGAACCAAAAUGUACCUCUUUGGGAUGUUGGCCAAGUUAUUAUGAUUCAUGUACAAAGAUCCCAUGGCUUGGUGCAUGUUGAGAUGUAUGCAAUGAAUUUCAGUAGUAUUGCUUA